CGUGGGCUUGUGUGGUCGCGAUGCACCCCUCUUGCAGCUAAGUACUCUUGUUGUUUAUUUUAACAGACCAGUGUAUCAACAUUCUGACCAGGCCCUCCUUUUUUUUUCUCGGCACUUCGGUCCGGUCGGAGAGUGAGACUAACCCGAGACUGUUUGGACUCUCAGGGGAGACGUUGGGGUGGUUUUAUUUCAUUAUCAUAAAUCUUGUGAAAACCUCUUUUUACCUCUGUUCAGCUUUGAUUUUAAUUAUGGACCUGUCGUUUGUUUAAACAGAGUCCCAGGCUCUCUAACCUAGGUGGCGUUGUCGUCUUUUUAUCUAAUACACUUUACCUUAAUUAUUUUCUUAACAACAAAUUUUCCAACCUUUGCCACACACAUAAAGGAUAAAUAGUACUGGCCUGAGGACAGAACCUUGGGGAACUCUGCGACUAACUUUGGGUCUCCAGUGUCUCUGAUAUGAGCAGCGCUGCUCAGAGGAAGAGGAGGACUACAGGAAGUCCUCUCGUUUCCAGACCCAGCACCAAGACUAGCAGAAGGGCUAACACAAGGAGGACAGCUAACGCUAACAGAGCAGCUAACGGGAACAGAGCAGCUAGCAGAGUGGCUAACAGGGCAGCUAACAUUAGUAGGACGUCUGAUGGUGACCCUCCCACAGAGACCAUCGACGUGAUGGACAACACUGAGGACAGUGUGGAGGAGGUGGUGGAUCUGACCUGUGAGGCAUCAGAAACUGCUGUCGUUGACCUGACCAACAACGACUCAGUGCUGCUGGUGGAUGAAGGUACUCGGAACAGGAGGGUCACCACAGGUGAGAGUUACGUUGUCAGCAGCGAUGAAGAUGAGGACAUACCGCAUGUCCUCAGCACUUCAAUAGCUCCCUCUCUACAUACCAGUAGCUCAUCCAGGUCGACUCCAGGGACGAUCAGCUGUCCCAUCUGUUUGGACUCGUACUCUGAGAUCACUGAGAGCGGCCGAUUGGUUGUUUCCACAAAAUGCGGUCACGUUUUCUGCAGCCAAUGUCUGAGAGACACUCUGACAUCAUCACACACCUGUCCCACCUGCAGGAAAAGACUGACCCACCGCCAGUAUCACCCCCUCUACAUCUGACAUCACUCUAACAUCAUCACACACCUGAGCUGCUGUUGUUUUCCAGUGACAUCAUCAGAUCAGGAGCUGCUGAAUUUUUUUUAUUCUGAAUCAAAAAUCUGUCAGAGCAGCAUUAAAAGAGUGAUACCUGUUUGAUUAUUGAUUGAUGUAUAUUAUUGAUUAUAAUGAAUAUAUUUGAUAGAGUUUAUUCUUCAGUUUUCAGCUCAAUUUUGUGUUUUCAUUUGUCUGAGAUCAUCUAUUAAGAGCUGAACAUUAUUUUGUAUUGUGGUUAAUAAUGUGUUCAAGUACCAAUAAAUUCUUUUCAGUUCUCUGAAAA